AUGGCAGACAUUGAGAAUGUGCUCAUCGGACAGCAACAAAUGCGGGGAGCCGCGUCCGACAUCAAGGUUGAAGAAGCAGCCGUUGAGGCUGGCAACGAGAAGGAAGACGCCUCCUCCAAGGAGCAGGGGUCGGUCGUGUAUCAUCAUGGCCAUGCCCUGCCCACCGAGGAAGAGCUCCACUCACUCCGCCGUGUCGCAGACCGUAUUCCCUGGAGCAUCUACACGAUUGCCUUUGUCGAACUCUGCGAGCGCUUCUCCUACUAUGGCACCAUUGCCGUCUUCACCAACUUCAUCCAGUGGCCCAUGCCGAAGGGCUCCACCACGGGGUCCUCGGGCGGUUCGGGGCAACCCGGCGCAAUGGGAUUUGGCCAGCGUGCUUCGACCGGGCUGACGACGUUCAAUUCCUUCUGGGGAUAUACCAUGCCGCUAUUCGGUGCCUGGAUUGCCGACUCCCGCCUCGGCCGAUACAAAACGAUUGCCUGGGCGUUGGCCAUCGACAUCUUUGGCCAUGCCGUGCUGUUCACGUCCGCGAUGCCACCCGUGUUGAAGAAGCCUGAAGCCUCCAUGGGCGCAUUUAUCAUUGGCAUCAUCGCCAUGGGCAUCGGAACUGGUGGUUUCAAACCGAACGUCAACCCCCUUAUCAUUGAACAGCUGCCAGCCGAUCGGAUGCGAGUGCGGACUCUCCCGACGGGCGAGAGAGUGAUCGUUGAUCCCGCAGUGACCGCCUCGAGAGUGUACAACUACUUCUAUCUGUUCAUCAAUCUUGGUGCGAUCUUUGGCCAGCUUGGCAUGGUGUAUGCAGAGUACUACGUCGGCUUCUGGCUCUCGUUCCUCCUCCCGACGAUCCUGCUUUCCUUCUGCCCUGCUGUCAUGUGGUGGGGGAGAAAGCGGUAUCAUCGCGAACCUCCAUCCGGAUCCGUCCUUGGCAAAGCAACAAAGCUGUUUUUCAUGGCCAACCGGACUCGAUGGUCUCUGAACCCGGUGACGACGUACAAGAGGCUGCAUGACGGGACGUUCUGGGAGAACGUGAAGCCAUCGCGCUUCCCACCCGGCCUGCGCCCACCCUGGAUGACAUUUGACGACAACUGGGUUGAGGAAGUCCGUCGCGGCUUUCACGCCUGCGCCGUGUUUCUAUGGUAUCCCCUGUUCUGGAUCUGUUACAAUCAGAUGACAAACAACUUGAUAUCACAAGCAGCAGUGAUGCAACUCAACGGAAUCCCCAACGACAUUCUCACCAACCUGAACCCUCUCACCCUGGUGUUCCUCAUCCCAGCCAUUGACCUGCUAUUCUAUCCCUUCCUCCGCAAGAUGCGCAUCAGGUUCACCCCGAUCAAACGCAUCGCCACGGGAUACUUUGUCGCAGCCUGCGCCAUGGUCUGGUCUGCUGUCGUGCAGUACUACAUCUACAAGAAGAGUCCCUGCGGUUAUUACGCCUCGGGCGAUCUCCCGGAUGGAGAGCGCUGCCCUCCCGCACCCAUUACCGUGUGGGCGCAGUCGGGCUCGUACGUUCUCAUUGGCCUUUCCGAGGUCUUUACGCUCAUCACUAGUCUCGAGUACGCCUACUCGAAGGCGCCGUCCAACAUGCGGUCCAUGGUGCAGUCCAUCGCGUUGUUCAUGAAUGCCAUCGCGUCGGCGAUCGGGUUCGCUCUUGUUUCGCUUUCUGCCGUAAGUCUUGGCUUUUCCGCCCACCUCGCCUCUCACCUGUUCCUGACUGACAAGUCUUCCCAGGAUCCUCUGCUGGUGUGGAAUUAUAGUGUGGUGGCGAUCCUGGCCGCUAUUGGAGGAGCCUGCUUUUAUCUCCAGUUUCGGGGCCUGGACAAGAAGGAGGACGAGCUGAACAAUCUUCCCAAGGGUAACUUUGCUGCUGGCAACAACACUGAGGCGGGAUAA